AUGAAGGAGCAUCAUUGGAAGAUAUUGCGGCAUUCCCCUUCCCCCCUCUCUCCGUUCCCUUCCACCAUCCGAGAAAUUCCUUUCCCCCCUCUCUCUGUUUCCUUCCCCCAACUGAGCAAUCCCUUUCCCCUCUCUCUCUGUUCUCUUCCCCCAUCCGAGCAUUCCCUUUCCCCCCCUCUCGCUGUUUCCUUCCCCCAACUGAGCAAUUCCUUUCCCCCCUCUCUCUGUUCCCUUCCCCCAUCCGAGCAUUCCCUUUCCCCCCCUCUCUCUGUUUCCUUCCCCCAACUGAGCAAUCCCUUUCCCCUCUCUCUCUGCUCCCUUCCCCCAUCCGAGCAUUCCCUUUCCCCCCCUCUCUCUAUUUCCUUCCCCCAACUGAGCAAUCCCUUUCCCCUCUCUCUCUGUUCCCUUCCCCCAUCCGAGCAUUCACUUUCCCCCUCUCUCUCCGUUCCCUUCCCCCAACUGAGCAUUCCCUUUCCCCCUCUCUCUCCCCCCUCCCUUGGCUUCUCUGCCCCUCCCUUGGCUUCUCUGCCCCUCCCUUGGCUUCUCUGCCCCUCCCUUGGCUUCUCUGCCCCUCCCUUGGCUUCUCUGCCCCUCCCUUGGCUUCUCUGCCCCUCCCUUGGCUUCUCUGCCCCUCCCUUGGCUUCUCUGCCCCUCCCUUGGCUUCUCUGCCCCUCCCUUGGCUUCUCUGCCCCUCCCUUGGCUUCUCUGCCCCUCCCUUGGCUUCUCUGCCCCUCCCUUGGCUUCUCUGCCCCUCCCUUGGCUUCUCUGCCCCUCCCUUGGCUUCUCUGCCCCUCCCUUGGCUUCUCUGCCCCUCCCUUGGCUUCUCUGCCCCUCCCUUGGCUUCUCUGCCCCUCCCUUGGCUUCUCUGCCCCUCCCUUGGCUUCUCUGCCCCUCCCUUGGCUUCUCUGCCCCUCCCUUGGCUUCUCUGCCCCUCCCUUGGCUUCUCUGCCCCUCCCUUGGCUUCUCUGCCCCUCCCUUGGCUUCUCUGCCCCUCCCUUGGCUUCUCUGCCCCUCCCUUGGCUUCUCUGCCCCUCCCUUGGCUUCUCUGCCCCUCCCUUGGCUUCUCUGCCCCUCCCUUGGCUUCUCUGCCCCUCCCUUGGCUUCUCUGCCCCUCCCUUGGCUUCUCUGCCCCUCCCUUGGCUUCUCUGCCCCUCCCUUGGCUUCUCUGCCCCUCCCUUGGCUUCUCUGCCCCUCCCUUGGCUUCUCUGCCCCUCCCUUGGCUUCUCUGCCCCUCCCUUGGCUUCUCUGCCCCUCCCUUGGCUUCUCUGCCCCUCCCUUGGCUUAUCUGCCCCUCCCUUGGCUUCUCUGCCCCUCCCUUGGCUUCUCUGCCCCUCCCUUGGCUUCUCUGCCCCUCCCUUGGCUUAUCUGCCCCUCCCUUGGCUUCUCUGCCCCUCCCUUGGCUUAUCUGCCCCUCCCUUGGCUUCUCUGCCCCUCCCUUGGCUUCUCUGCCCCUCCCUUGGCUUCUCUGCCCCUCCCUUGGCUUCUCUGCCCCUCCCUUGGCUUCUCUGCCCCUCCCUUGGCUUCUCUGCCCCUCCCUUGGCUUCUCUGCCCCUCCCUUGGCUUCUCUGCCCCUCCCUUGGCUUCUCUGCCCCUCCCUUGGCUUCUCUGCCCCUCCCUUGGCUUCUCUGCCCCUCCCUUGGCUUCUCUGCCCCUCCCUUGGCUUCUCUGCCCCUCCCUUGGCUUCUCUGCCCCUCCCUUGGCUUCUCUGCCCCUCCCUUGGCUUCUCUGCCCCUCCCUUGGCUUCUCUGCCCCUCCCUUGGCUUCUCUGCCCCUCCCUUGGCUUCUCUGCCCCUCCCUUGGCUUCUCUGCCCCUCCCUUGGCUUCUCUGCCCCUCCCUUGGCUUCUCUGCCCCUCCCUUGGCUUCUCUGCCCCUCCCUUGGCUUCUCUGCCCCUCCCUUGGCUUCUCUGCCCCUCCCUUGGCUUCUCUGCCCUCCCUUGGCUUCUCUGCCCCUCCCUUGGCUUCUCUGCCCCUCCCUUGGCUUCUCUGCCCCUCCCUUGGCUUAUCUGCCCCUCCCUUGGCUUCUCUGCCCCUCCCUUGGCUUCUCUGCCCCUCCCUUGGCUUCUCUGCCCCUCCCUUGGCUUCUCUGCCCCUCCCUUGGCUUCUCUGCCCCUCCCUUGGCUUCUCUGCCCCUCCCUUGGCUUCUCUGCCCCUCCCUUGGCUUAUCUGCCCCUCCCUUGGCUUAUCUGCCCCUCCCUUGGCUUCUCUGCCCCUCCCUUGGCUUAUCUGCCCCUCCCUUGGCUUCUCUGCCCCUCCCUUGGCUUAUCUGCCCCUCCCUUGGCUUCUCUGCCCCUCCCUUGGCUUCUCUGCCCCUCCCUUGGCUUCUCUGCCCCUCCCUUGGCUUAUCUGCCCCUCCCUUGGCUUCUCUGCCCCUCCCUUGGCUUAUCUGCCCCUCCCUUGGCUUCUCUGCCCCUCCCUUGGCUUCUCUGCCCCUCCCUUGGCUUCUCUGCCCCUCCCUUGGCUUCUCUGCCCCUCCCUUGGCUUAUCUGCCCCUCCCUUGGCUUAUCUGCCCCUCCCUUGGCUUAUCUGCCCCUCCCUUGGCUUAUCUGCCCCUCCCUUGGCUUCUCUGCCCCUCCCUUGGCUUCUCUGCCCCUCCCUUGGCUUCUCUGCCCCUCCCUUGGCUUCUCUGCCCCUCCCUUGGCUUCUCUGCCCCUCCCUUGGCUUCUCUGCCCCUCCCUUGGCUUCUCUGCCCCUCCCUUGGCUUCUCUGCCCCUCCCUUGGCUUCUCUGCCCCUCCCUUGGCUUCUCUGCCCCUCCCUUGGCUUCUCUGCCCCUCCCUUGGCUUAUCUGCCCCUCCCUUGGCUUAUCUGCCCCUCCCUUGGCUUCUCUGCCCCUCCCUUGGCUUAUCUGCCCCUCCCUUGGCUUCUCUGCCCCUCCCUUGGCUUAUCUGCCCCUCCCUUGGCUUCUCUGCCCCUCCCUUGGCUUCUCUGCCCCUCCCUUGGCUUCUCUGCCCCUCCCUUGGCUUAUCUGCCCCUCCCUUGGCUUCUCUGCCCCUCCCUUGGCUUAUCUGCCCCUCCCUUGGCUUCUCUGCCCCUCCCUUGGCUUCUCUGCCCCUCCCUUGGCUUCUCUGCCCCUCCCUUGGCUUCUCUGCCCCUCCCUUGGCUUCUCUGCCCCUCCCUUGGCUUCUCUGCCCCUCCCUUGGCUUCUCUGCCCCUCCCUUGGCUUCUCUGCCCCUCCCUUGGCUUCUCUGCCCCUCCCUUGGCUUCUCUGCCCCUCCCUUGGCUUCUCUGCCCCUCCCUUGGCUUCUCUGCCCCUCCCUUGGCUUCUCUGCCCCUCCCUUGGCUUCUCUGCCCCUCCCUUGGCUUCUCUGCCCCUCCCUUGGCUUCUCUGCCCCUCCCUUGGCUUCUCUGCCCCUCCCUUGGCUUCUCUGCCCCUCCCUUGGCUUCUCUGCCCCUCCCUUGGCUUCUCUGCCCCUCCCUUGGCUUCUCUGCCCCUCCCUUGGCUUCUCUGCCCCUCCCUUGGCUUCUCUGCCCCUCCCUUGGCUUCUCUGCCCCUCCCUUGGCUUCUCUGCCCCUCCCUUGGCUUCUCUGCCCCUCCCUUGGCUUCUCUGCCCCUCCCUUGGCUUCUCUGCCCCUCCCUUGGCUUCUCUGCCCCUCCCUUGGCUUAUCUGCCCCUCCCUUGGCUUAUCUGCCCCUCCCUUGGCUUAUCUGCCCCUCCCUUGGCUUCUCUGCCCCUCCCUUGGCUUAUCUGCCCCUCCCUUGGCUUCUCUGCCCCUCCCUUGGCUUCUCUGCCCCUCCCUUGGCUUCUCUGCCCCUCCCUUGGCUUCUCUGCCCCUCCCUUGGCUUCUCUGCCCCUCCCUUGGCUUAUCUGCCCCUCCCUUGGCUUCUCUGCCCCUCCCUUGGCUUCUCUGCCCCUCCCUUGGCUUCUCUGCCCCUCCCUUGGCUUCUCUGCCCCUCCCUUGGCUUCUCUGCCCCUCCCUUGGCUUCUCUGCCCCUCCCUUGGCUUCUCUGCCCCUCCCUUGGCUUCUCUGCCCCUCCCUUGGCUUCUCUGCCCCUCCCUUGGCUUCUCUGCCCCUCCCUUGGCUUCUCUGCCCCUCCCUUGGCUUCUCUGCCCCUCCCUUGGCUUCUCUGCCCCUCCCUUGGCUUCUCUGCCCCUCCCUUGGCUUCUCUGCCCCUCCCUUGGCUUAUCUGCCCCUCCCUUGGCUUAUCUGCCCCUCCCUUGGCUUCUCUGCCCCUCCCUUGGCUUAUCUGCCCCUCCCUUGGCUUCUCUGCCCCUCCCUUGGCUUAUCUGCCCCUCCCUUGGCUUCUCUGCCCCUCCCUUGGCUUCUCUGCCCCUCCCUUGGCUUCUCUGCCCCUCCCUUGGCUUAUCUGCCCCUCCCUUGGCUUCUCUGCCCCUCCCUUGGCUUAUCUGCCCCUCCCUUGGCUUCUCUGCCCCUCCCUUGGCUUCUCUGCCCCUCCCUUGGCUUCUCUGCCCCUCCCUUGGCUUCUCUGCCCCUCCCUUGGCUUAUCUGCCCCUCCCUUGGCUUCUCUGCCCCUCCCUUGGCUUCUCUGCCCCUCCCUUGGCUUCUCUGCCCCUCCCUUGGCUUCUCUGCCCCUCCCUUGGCUUCUCUGCACCUCCCUUGGCUUCUCUGCCCCUCCCUUGGCUUCUCUGCCCCUCCCUUGGCUUCUCUGCCCCUCCCUUGGCUUCUCUGCCCCUCCCUUGGCUUCUCUGCCCCUCCCUUGGCUUCUCUGCCCCUCCCUUGGCUUCUCUGCCCCUCCCUUGGCUUCUCUGCCCCUCCCUUGGCUUCUCUGCCCCUCCCUUGGCUUCUCUGCCCCUCCCUUGGCUUCUCUGCCCCUCCCUUGGCUUCUCUGCCCCUCCCUUGGCUUCUCUGCCCCUCCCUUGGCUUAUCUGCCCCUCCCUUGGCUUAUCUGCCCCUCCCUUGGCUUCUCUGCCCCUCCCUUGGCUUAUCUGCCCCUCCCUUGGCUUCUCUGCCCCUCCCUUGGCUUAUCUGCCCCUCCCUUGGCUUCUCUGCCCCUCCCUUGGUUUCUCUGCCCCUCCCUUGGCUUCUCUGCCCCUCCCUUGGCUUAUCUGCCCCUCCCUUGGCUUCUCUGCCCCUCCCUUGGCUUAUCUGCCCCUCCCUUGGCUUCUCUGCCCCUCCCUUGGCUUCUCUGCCCCUCCCUUGGCUUCUCUGCCCCUCCCUUGGCUUCUCUGCCCCUCCCUUGGCUUCUCUGCCCCUCCCUUGGCUUCUCUGCCCCUCCCUUGGCUUCUCUGCCCCUCCCUUGGCUUCUCUGCCCCUCCCUUGGCUUCUCUGCCCCUCCCUUGGCUUCUCUGCCCCUCCCUUGGCUUCUCUGCCCCUCCCUUGGCUUCUCUGCCCCUCCCUUGGCUUCUCUGCCCCUCCCUUGGCUUCUCUGCCCCUCCCUUGGCUUAUCUGCCCCUCCCUUGGCUUAUCUGCCCCUCCCUUGGCUUCUCUGCCCCUCCCUUGGCUUAUCUGCCCCUCCCUUGGCUUCUCUGCCCCUCCCUUGGCUUAUCUGCCCCUCCCUUGGCUUCUCUGCCCCUCCCUUGGCUUCUCUGCCCCUCCCUUGGCUUCUCUGCCCCUCCCUUGGCUUAUCUGCCCCUCCCUUGGCUUCUCUGCCCCUCCCUUGGCUUAUCUGCCCCUCCCUUGGCUUCUCUGCCCCUCCCUUGGCUUCUCUGCCCCUCCCUUGGCUUCUCUGCCCCUCCCUUGGCUUCUCUGCCCCUCCCUUGGCUUAUCUGCCCCUCCCUUGGCUUAUCUGCCCCUCCCUUGGCUUAUCUGCCCCUCCCUUGGCUUAUCUGCCCCUCCCUUGGCUUCUCUGCCCCUCCCUUGGCUUCUCUGCCCCUCCCUUGGCUUCUCUGCCCCUCCCUUGGCUUCUCUGCCCCUCCCUUGGCUUCUCUGCCCCUCCCUUGGCUUCUCUGCCCCUCCCUUGGCUUCUCUGCCCCUCCCUUGGCUUCUCUGCCCCUCCCUUGGCUUCUCUGCCCCUCCCUUGGCUUCUCUGCCCCUCCCUUGUCUUCUCUGCCCCUCCCUUGGCUUAUCUGCCCCUCCCUUGGCUUAUCUGCCCCUCCCUUGGCUUCUCUGCCCCUCCCUUGGCUUAUCUGCCCCUCCCUUGGCUUCUCUGCCCCUCCCUUGUCUUCUCUGCCCCUCCCUUGGCUUCUCUGCCCCUCCCUUGGCUUAUCUGCCCCUCCCUUGGCUUCUCUGCCCCUCCCUUGGCUUAUCUGCCCCUCCCUUGGCUUCUCUGCCCCUCCCUUGGCUUCUCUGCCCCUCCCUUGGCUUCUCUGCCCCUCCCUUGGCUUCUCUGCCCCUCCCUUGGCUUAUCUUCCCCUCCCUUGGCUUCUCUGCCCCUCCCUUGGCUUCUCUGCCCCUCCCUUGGCUUCUCUGCCCCUCCCUUGGCUUCUCUGCCCCUCCCUUGGCUUCUCUGCCCCUCCCUUGGCUUCUCUGCCCCUCCCUUGGCUUCUCUGCCCCUCCCUUGGCUUCUCUGCCCCUCCCUUGGCUUCUCUGCCCCUCCCUUGGCUUAUCUGCCCCUCCCUUGGCUUAUCUGCCCCUCCCUUGGCUUCUCUGCCCCUCCCUUGGCUUAUCUGCCCCUCCCUUGGCUUCUCUGCCCCUCCCUUGGCUUAUCUGCCCCUCCCUUGGCUUCUCUGCCCCUCCCUUGGCUUCUCUGCCCCUCCCUUGGCUUCUCUGCCCCUCCCUUGGCUUAUCUGCCCCUCCCUUGGCUUCUCUGCCCCUCCCUUGGCUUAUCUGCCCCUCCCUUGGCUUCUCUGCCCCUCCCUUGGCUUCUCUGCCCCUCCCUUGGCUUCUCUGCCCCUCCCUUGGCUUCUCUGCCCCUCCCUUGGCUUAUCUGCCCCUCCCUUGGCUUAUCUGCCCCUCCCUUGGCUUAUCUGCCCCUCCCUUGGCUUAUCUGCCCCUCCCUUGGCUUCUCUGCCCCUCCCUUGGCUUCUCUGCCCCUCCCUUGGCUUCUCUGCCCCUCCCUUGGCUUCUCUGCCCCUCCCUUGGCUUCUCUGCCCCUCCCUUGGCUUCUCUGCCCCUCCCUUGGCUUCUCUGCCCCUCCCUUGGCUUCUCUGCCCCUCCCUUGGCUUCUCUGCCCCUCCCUUGGCUUCUCUGCCCCUCCCUUGUCUUCUCUGCCCCUCCCUUGGCUUAUCUGCCCCUCCCUUGGCUUAUCUGCCCCUCCCUUGGCUUCUCUGCCCCUCCCUUGGCUUAUCUGCCCCUCCCUUGGCUUCUCUGCCCCUCCCUUGUCUUCUCUGCCCCUCCCUUGGCUUCUCUGCCCCUCCCUUGGCUUAUCUGCCCCUCCCUUGGCUUCUCUGCCCCUCCCUUGGCUUAUCUGCCCCUCCCUUGGCUUCUCUGCCCCUCCCUUGGCUUCUCUGCCCCUCCCUUGGCUUCUCUGUCCCUCCCUUGGCUUCUCUGCCCCUCCCUUGGCUUAUCUGCCCCUCCCUUGGCUUCUCUGCCCUCCUGCUUCUGCCCCUCCCUUGGCUUAUCUGCCCCUCCCUUGGCUUCUCUGCCCCUCCCUUGGCUUCUCUGCCCCUCCCUUGGCUUCUCUGCCCCUCCCUUGGCUUAUCUGCCCCUCCCUUGGCUUAUCUGCCCCUCCCUUGGCUUAUCUGCCCCUCCCUUGGCUUAUCUGCCCCUCCCUUGGCUUAUCUGCCCCUCCCUUGGCUUAUCUGCCCCUCCCUUGGCUUCUCUGCCCCUCCCUUGGCUUAUCUGCCCCUCCCUUGGCUUCUCUGCCCCUCCCUUGUCUUCUCUGCCCCUCCCUUGGCUUCUCUGCCCCUCCCUUGGCUUAUCUGCCCCUCCCUUGGCUUCUCUGCCCCUCCCUUGGCUUAUCUGCCCCUCCCUUGGCUUCUCUGCCCCUCCCUUGGCUUCUCUGCCCCUCCCUUGGCUUCUCUGCCCCUCCCUUGGCUUCUCUGCCCCUCCCUUGGCUUAUCUGCCCCUCCCUUGGCUUAUCUGCCCCUCCAUUGGCUUAUCUGCCCCUCCCUUGGCUUAUCUGCCCCUCCCUUGGCUUCUCUGCCCCUCCCUUGGCUUAUCUGCCCCUCCCUUGGCUUAUCUGCCCCUCCCUUGGCUUAUCUGCCCCUCCCUUGGCUUCUCUGCCCCUCCCUUGUCUUCUCUGCCCCUCCCUUGGCUUAUCUGCCCCUCCCUUGGCUUCUCUGCCCCUCCCUUGGCUUAUCUGCCCCUCCCUUGGCUUAUCUGCCCCUCCCUUGGCUUAUCUGCCCCUCCCUUGGCUUAUCUGCCCCUCCCUUGGCUUCUCUGCCCCUCCCUUGGCUUCUCUGCCCCUCCCUUGGCUUCUCUGCCCCUCCCUUGGCUUCUCUGCCCCUCCCUUGGCUUCUCUGCCCCUCCCUUGGCUUCUCUGCCCCUCCCUUGGCUUCUCUGCCCCUCCCUUGGCUUCUCUGCCCCUCCCUUGGCUUCUCUGCCCCUCCCUUGGCUUCUCUGCCCCUCCCUUGGCUUCUCUGCCCCUCCCUUGGCUUCUGUGCCCCUCCCUUGGCUUAUCUGCCCCUCCCUUGGCUUAUCUGCCCCUCCCUUGGCUUCUCUGCCCCUCCCUUGGCUUAUCUGCCCCUCCCUUGGCUUCUCUGCCCCUCCCUUGUCUUCUCUGCCCCUCCCUUGGCUUCUCUGCCCCUCCCUUGGCUUAUCUGCCCCUCCCUUGGCUUCUCUGCCCCUCCCUUGGCUUAUCUGCCCCUCCCUUGGCUUCUCUGCCCCUCCCUUGGCUUCUCUGCCCCUCCCUUGGCUUCUCUGCCCCUCCCUUGGCUUCUCUGCCCCUCCCUUGGCUUAUCUGCCCCUCCCUUGGCUUAUCUGCCCCUCCCUUGGCUUAUCUGCCCCUCCCUUGGCUUAUCUGCCCCUCCCUUGGCUUCUCUGCCCCUCCCUUGGCUUAUCUGCCCCUCCCUUGGCUUCUCUGCCCCUCCCUUGGCUUCUCUGCCCCUCCCUUGUCUUCUCUGCCCCUCCCUUGUCUUCUCUGCCCCUCCCUUGGCUUCUCUGCCCCUCCCUUGGCUUCUCUGCCCCUCCCUUGGCUUAUCUGCCCCUCCCUUGGCUUAUCUGCCCCUCCCUUGGCUUAUCUGCCCCUCCCUUGGCUUAUCUGCCCCUCCCUUGGCUUCUCUGCCCCUCCCUUGGCUUCUCUGCCCCUCCCUUGGCUUCUCUGCCCCUCCCUUGGCUUCUCUGCCCCUCCCUUGGCUUCUCUGCCCCUCCCUUGGCUUAUCUGCCCCUCCCUUGGCUUAUCUGCCCCUCCCUUGGCUUCUCUGCCCCUCCCUUGGCUUAUCUGCCCCUCCCUUGGCUUCUCUGCCCCUCCCUUGGCUUAUCUGCCCCUCCCUUGGCUUCUCUGCCCCUCCCUUGUCUUCUCUGCCCCUCCCUUGGCUUCUCUGCCCCUCCCUUGGCUUAUCUGCCCCUCCCUUGGCUUCUCUGCCCCUCCCUUGGCUUAUCUGCCCCUCCCUUGGCUUCUCUGCCCCUCCCUUGGCUUCUCUGCCCCUCCCUUGGCUUCUCUGCCCCUCCCUUGGCUUAUCUGCCCCUCCCUUGGCUUAUCUGCCCCUCCCUUGGCUUAUCUGCCCCUCCCUUGGCUUAUCUGCCCCUCCCUUGGCUUCUCUGCCCCUCCCUUGGCUUCUCUGCCCCUCCCUUGGCUUCUCUGCCCCUCCCUUGGCUUCUCUGCCCCUCCCUUGGCUUAUCUGCCCCUCCCUUGGCUUCUCUGCCCCUCCCUUGGCUUCUCUGCCCCUCCCUUGGCUUCUCUGCCCCUCCCUUGGCUUCUCUGCUCCUCCCUUGGCUUCUCUGCCCCUCCCUUGGCUUCUCUGCCCCUCCCUUGGCUUAUCUGCCCCUCCCUUGGCUUAUCUGCCCCUCCCUUGGCUUCUCUGCCCCUCCCUUGGCUUAUCUGCCCCUCCCUUGGCUUCUCUGCCACUCCCUUGUCUUCUCUGCCCCUCCCUUGGCUUCUCUGCCCCUCCCUUGGCUUAUCUGCUCCUCCCUUGGCUUCUCUGCCCCUCCCUUGGCUUAUCUGCCCCUCCCUUGGCUUCUCUGCCCCUCCCUUGGCUUCUCUGCCCCUCCCUUGGCUUCUCUGCCCCUCCCUUGGCUUCUCUGCCCCUCCCUUGGCUUAUCUGCCCCUCCCUUGGCUUCUCUGCCCCUCCCUUGGCUUAUCUGCCCCUCCCUUGGCUUCUCUGCCCCUCCCUUGGCUUCUCUGCCCCUCCCUUGGCUUCUCUGCCCUCCCUUGGCUUAUCUGCCCCUCCCUUGGCUUCUCUGACUAUCGCUUUCCAUCCCAGCCCCUCCCUUGUCUUCACCUCCCCUCUCUUGGCUUCUCUGACCAUCUCUUGGCUUCUCUGACUAUCGCUUUCCAUCCCAGCCCCUCCCUUGUCUUCACCUCCCCUCUCUUGGCUUCUCUGCCCCUCCCUUGGCUUAUCUGCCCCUCCCUUGGCUUAUCUGCCCCUCCCUUGGCUUCUCUGCCCCUCCCUUGUCUUCUCUGCCCCUCCCUUGGCUUCUCUGCCCCUCCCUUGGCUUAUCUGCCCCUCCCUUGGCUUCUCUGCCCCUCCCUUGGCUUAUCUGCCCCUCCCUUGGCUUCUCUGCCCCUCCCUUGGCUUCUCUGCCCCUCCCUUGGCUUCUCUGCCCCUCCCUUGGCUUCUCUGCCCCUCCCUUGGCUUAUCUGCCCCUCCCUUGGCUUCUCUGCCCCUCCCUUGGCUUAUCUGCCCCUCCCUUGGCUUCUCUGCCCCUCCCUUGGCUUCUCUGCCCCUCCCUUGGCUUCUCUGCCCCUCCCUUGGCUUAUCUGCCCCUCCCUUGGCUUAUCUGCCCCUCCCUUGGCUUAUCUGCCCCUCCCUUGGCUUAUCUGCCCCUCCCUUGGCUUCUCUGCCCCUCCCUUGGCUUAUCUGCCCCUCCCUUGGCUUCUCUGCCCCUCCCUUGGCUUAUCUGCCCCUCCCUUGGCUUCUCUGCCCCUCCCUUGUCUUCUCUGCCCCUCCCUUGGCUUCUCUGCCCCUCCCUUGGCUUCUCUGCCCCUCCCUUGGCUUAUCUGCCCCUCCCUUGGCUUAUCUGCCCCUCCCUUGGCUUAUCUGCCCCUCCCUUGGCUUAUCUGCCCCUCCCUUGGCUUCUCUGCCCCUCCCUUGGCUUCUCUGCCCCUCCCUUGGCUUCUCUGCCCCUCCCUUGGCUUCUCUGCCCCUCCCUUGGCUUCUCUGCCCCUCCCUUGGCUUCUCUGCCCCUCCCUUGGCUUCUCUGCCCCUCCCUUGGCUUCUCUGCCCCUCCCUUGGCUUCUCUGCCCCUCCCUUGGCUUCUCUGCCCCUCCCUUGGCUUCUCUGCCCCUCCCUUGGCUUAUCUGCCCCUCCCUUGGCUUAUCUGCCCCUCCCUUGGCUUCUCUGCCCCUCCCUUGGCUUAUCUGCCCCUCCCUUGGCUUCUCUGCCCCUCCCUUGUCUUCUCUGCCCCUCCCUUGGCUUCUCUGCCCCUCCCUUGGCUUAUCUGCCCCUCCCUUGGCUUCUCUGCCCCUCCCUUGGCUUAUCUGCCCCUCCCUUGGCUUCUCUGCCCCUCCCUUGGCUUCUCUGCCCCUCCCUUGGCUUCUCUGCCCCUCCCUUGGCUUCUCUGCCCCUCCCUUGGCUUAUCUGCCCCUCCCUUGGCUUAUCUGCCCCUCCCUUGGCUUAUCUGCCCCUCCCUUGGCUUAUCUGCCCCUCCCUUGGCUUCUCUGCCCCUCCCUUGGCUUAUCUGCCCCUCCCUUGGCUUAUCUGCCCCUCCCUUGGCUUAUCUGCCCCUCCCUUGGCUUCUCUGCCCCUCCCUUGUCUUCUCUGCCCCUCCCUUGGCUUAUCUGCCCCUCCCUUGGCUUCUCUGCCCCUCCCUUGGCUUAUCUGCCCCUCCCUUGGCUUAUCUGCCCCUCCCUUGGCUUAUCUGCCCCUCCCUUGGCUUAUCUGCCCCUCCCUUGGCUUCUCUGCCCCUCCCUUGGCUUCUCUGCCCCUCCCUUGGCUUCUCUGCCCCUCCCUUGGCUUCUCUGCCCCUCCCUUGGCUUCUCUGCCCCUCCCUUGGCUUCUCUGCCCCUCCCUUGGCUUCUCUGCCCCUCCCUUGGCUUCUCUGCCCCUCCCUUGGCUUCUCUGCCCCUCCCUUGGCUUCUCUGCCCCUCCCUUGGCUUCUCUGCCCCUCCCUUGGCUUCUCUGCCCCUCCCUUGGCUUCUCUGCCCCUCCCUUGGCUUAUCUGCCCCUCCCUUGGCUUAUCUGCCCCUCCCUUGGCUUCUCUGCCCCUCCCUUGGCUUAUCUGCCCCUCCCUUGGCUUCUCUGCCCCUCCCUUGUCUUCUCUGCCCCUCCCUUGGCUUCUCUGCCCCUCCCUUGGCUUAUCUGCCCCUCCCUUGGCUUCUCUGCCCCUCCCUUGGCUUAUCUGCCCCUCCCUUGGCUUCUCUGCCCCUCCCUUGGCUUCUCUGCCCCUCCCUUGGCUUCUCUGCCCCUCCCUUGGCUUCUCUGCCCCUCCCUUGGCUUAUCUGCCCCUCCCUUGGCUUAUCUGCCCCUCCCUUGGCUUAUCUGCCCCUCCCUUGGCUUAUCUGCCCCUCCCUUGGCUUCUCUGCCCCUCCCUUGGCUUAUCUGCCCCUCCCUUGGCUUCUCUGCCCCUCCCUUGGCUUCUCUGCCCCUCCCUUGUCUUCUCUGCCCCUCCCUUGUCUUCUCUGCCCCUCCCUUGGCUUCUCUGCCCCUCCCUUGGCUUCUCUGCCCCUCCCUUGGCUUAUCUGCCCCUCCCUUGGCUUAUCUGCCCCUCCCUUGGCUUAUCUGCCCCUCCCUUGGCUUAUCUGCCCCUCCCUUGGCUUCUCUGCCCCUCCCUUGGCUUCUCUGCCCCUCCCUUGGCUUCUCUGCCCCUCCCUUGGCUUCUCUGCCCCUCCCUUGGCUUCUCUGCCCCUCCCUUGGCUUAUCUGCCCCUCCCUUGGCUUAUCUGCCCCUCCCUUGGCUUCUCUGCCCCUCCCUUGGCUUAUCUGCCCCUCCCUUGGCUUCUCUGCCCCUCCCUUGGCUUAUCUGCCCCUCCCUUGGCUUCUCUGCCCCUCCCUUGGCUUAUCUGCCCCUCCCUUGGCUUAUCUGCCCCUCCCUUGGCUUCUCUGCCCCUCCCUUGGCUUAUCUGCCCCUCCCUUGGCUUCUCUGCCCCUCCCUUGUCUUCUCUGCCCCUCCCUUGGCUUCUCUGCCCCUCCCUUGGCUUAUCUGCCCCUCCCUUGGCUUCUCUGCCCCUCCCUUGGCUUAUCUGCCCCUCCCUUGGCUUCUCUGCCCCUCCCUUGGCUUCUCUGCCCCUCCCUUGGCUUCUCUGCCCCUCCCUUGGCUUCUCUGCCCCUCCCUUGGCUUAUCUGCCCCUCCCUUGGCUUCUCUGCCCCUCCCUUGGCUUCUCUGCCCCUCCCUUGGCUUCUCUGCCCCUCCCUUGGCUUAUCUGCCCCUCCCUUGGCUUCUCUGCCCCUCCCUUGUCUUCUCUGCCCCUCCCUUGGCUUCUCUGCCCCUCCCUUGGCUUAUCUGCCCCUCCCUUGGCUUCUCUGCCCCUCCCUUGGCUUAUCUGCCCCUCCCUUGGCUUCUCUGCCCCUCCCUUGGCUUCUCUGCCCCUCCCUUGGCUUCUCUGCCCCUCCCUUGGCUUCUCUGCCCCUCCCUUGGCUUAUCUGCCCCUCCCUUGGCUUAUCUGCCCCUCCCUUGGCUUAUCUGCCCCUCCCUUGGCUUAUCUGCCCCUCCCUUGGCUUCUCUGCCCCUCCCUUGGCUUCUCUGCCCCUCCCUUGGCUUCUCUGCCCCUCCCUUGGCUUCUCUGCCCCUCCCUUGGCUUAUCUGCCCCUCCCUUGGCUUCUCUGCCCCUCCCUUGGCUUCUCUGCCCCUCCCUUGGCUUCUCUGCCCCUCCCUUGGCUUCUCUGCCCCUCCCUUGGCUUCUCUGCCCCUCCCUUGGCUUCUCUGCCCCUCCCUUGGCUUAUCUGCCCCUCCCUUGGCUUAUCUGCCCCUCCCUUGGCUUCUCUGCCCCUCCCUUGGCUUAUCUGCCCCUCCCUUGGCUUCUCUGCCCCUCCCUUGUCUUCUCUGCCCCUCCCUUGGCUUCUCUGCCCCUCCCUUGGCUUAUCUGCCCCUCCCUUGGCUUCUCUGCCCCUCCCUUGGCUUAUCUGCCCCUCCCUUGGCUUCUCUGCCCCUCCCUUGGCUUCUCUGCCCCUCCCUUGGCUUCUCUGCCCCUCCCUUGGCUUCUCUGCCCCUCCCUUGGCUUAUCUGCCCCUCCCUUGGCUUCUCUGCCCCUCCCUUGGCUUAUCUGCCCCUCCCUUGGCUUCUCUGCCCCUCCCUUGGCUUCUCUGCCCCUCCCUUGGCUUCUCUGCCCCUCCCUUGGCUUAUCUGCCCCUCCCUUGGCUUCUCUGA